AGAGAAACCAUCAAAAUCUUCAGAAGUCUCUCUCUCUCCUUCUUCUCCAUCCUCCAACAGAGCUAUGGCCCUCCACCGCUUCUUCUUCUUCUUCUCUCUCACCCUCCUCACCACGACGACCCUCUCCCUCUUCGAACCCGACCCGGAUUCGAUCUCCACCGUCUACGAACUCCUCCCCAAGUACGGCCUCCCAAGCGGCCUCUUGCCGGACUCCGUCACCAAAUUCACCCUCUCGGACGACGGCCGAUUCGUCGUCUACUUGGCCAAGUCCUGCGAAAUCGAAUUCGACUACCGCGUCCGCUACGAGGAGACCGUAUCCGGACGGAUUAGCUACGGAUCCAUCACCGAGCUGAAGGGUAUCCAGGUGAAGCGGCUGUUUAUCUGGUUGGACGUCGACGAGAUCAAGGUCGAUCUACCUCCCACGGAUUCGAUCUACUUCAAGGUUGGGUUUAUCAAUAAGAAGCUUGGUAUUGACCAGUUCAAGACUGUGCAUUCUUGCGGCGUCUCUGGGUCUUGUGGAGGUUCUUGGAAGAGUUUUCUCCAGCUUCCAGGAAUGAUGAAUGAAGCUGAGAUGCUCAUCACCGAGUAAUUACUCUCAACAAUCACUCAACGCCACAACUUUGGAGUUAGAGUGUCAGUCAACUUUGUAGUUUGUACAGAUACGUUCCCACGAAAUGUCAGAUAUUUCCGUUAUGCAAGUCUUGUUUCCACAAAAAAAUUAGAAAAACUGUAUCUAUACAAGAUGACUAAAUGUUUCCCAGUUCGUUCCUCAUCACCACAAUAGACUCUGGCCGUUUCAAUUUCCCAA